AUGAACUCUGCUAUCAUCUUCUCUCUCUUCGCCAUCGUCGGCAUCGUCAUGUCCGACUCCUUCCGCCGUCAGUUGCCGGACGACAUCAAUAAUGUCCUCCCGGAUCUGGACAUCACCCCAUACGGGCUCGGCUUCCUUGAGGCCCAACUUCAGGUGGUCAACGCCCUCCAGCACAUGGAGAGCCCGCAACAGCAGGAGCAUCGUAUUGCCAAGAGCCGGCUGCCACGUGGAUUCCGCCUCUGUGGAGCUACACUCAAUCGCAAUGUCCUCGAUUUUUGUGGGGAGCCGUGCCAGGCUGGAGGGGAAAUCGACAUCGCAACUCUCUGUUGCUCCAGAAAGUGCACAUUGGCCAACAUCAAGGAGGCAUGCUGCCCAUGA